GGGCAGGGAGCAAAAGGCGGCGGAUCUGGAUCACAAUGCCGCGAGGCGAGACUCGAGAGGUGCACUAAGGACUUUAGCCUGAUUUCCCAGACCGCAGAAGCAUAGAUACCGGAAGUGGAGAGGCUUUCGCAGCUUUGCCGAGCGGGCAGAUGUCAGGUCGCUGGCAGGAGCGCGGCAGAUGGGAGGACAGCAAUGCUGACACUGUGGACUGGCCACAGCCUUCCCGCAGCCCAGGCCCAUCACAGCGCUACGACACGUCGGACGGCAGGUCCAGCACCUCGAUGAGCCGAGAAGGGGUAAGUCGACAGACAAUGCAGUUGGGGAAGGGAGAAGGUGACAGACACAAACAUCCAUGUGCGUCAUGCAUGUCAUGUGCUUGUCAUGUCAUUCAGGCAACUGGCGGCCCUCGCGACGGUCUGCCGCCUCCCAACCUGCGGUCGGUGGCGUACAAGCACACCGCCAAGACCUACACCCCAGCCCGCGCCAACCGUCUGCCCGACAUGACCGGCGCCUCACAUCGCCGCGCCUCAGCCCCUGAAGAACAGGACCUUCCCCACGACACACCGGCGAGCAACUGCACCUACCCUCAGGACGGUCUCUCCUCGUCAGAGGAAUAUCAGCAUCAGCAGGAGGGCUGGGACAGCCGCUCCGACGCGGCCAUGAACUACGGCACAGAAGGCAACAACGAGCAGCCGUAUUCGGGACAGAACUACUACACCGACUAUGACUACAACCACAGCGCCAGCUAUGAGGAUCUGCAAGGGCAUCCUGGGUACGAUGGCUACAACAGCGGCGGCUACAUGGAUGACUCGGAAGCUGCCCAUGAUCAGCACUACCCCGGAGACCACUACGGCGAUCUGGAGGGGGAUGACAGCCCCAGCUUCGCCCCAGCCCCGCCCGUCAACCCAUUUGAGAGCGACGAGGAGGGCGGCUCGCCAGGCCCAUACCGACACACCGCGGGAGACCAAGACGACGAGCAGCAGAGGAGACUCCUCGUGUAAGUGGGCACGGCGAUCAACAGACAGACAGACAGACAGACAGACAGGUGGCCAUUUAGGUGGGGUGCUCACUCUGCGGUUCUUUGCUGUGUAUGUGUUGUGUGUCAGGGCGCAGCUGUUGGAUGCCAAGAAGGAGCGUGAGGAGCUGGAGCGUCAGGUGGUGACGCGGCUCCAGACCUGGCCCAAAGGCCAACACGGCAUCGACUGGGCAUUCUGCGGCAGGCCCUCACCCAUCGCGGCUCCUGACCCCUCCCAGGUGCCCCCACAGCCAUUCGCCAACAUGGAAGCCGCCACCCACCCACACGCACAGCAGCAUGACAACCAUGCGGCCGACGGGGGGCAGCGCGACGGCCAAGGUGACCAGCAGCCGUCACCCCUCCCCCACCACCAUGAGCUGGACUACCACACUGCCGGCCACCCCCACCCUUCAGAGGUGCCUGCUGCAUUCGUCGAGGAAGGCAGCCAGCUGGUGGGGAGCUUCAAUGCGAGCUUCACACACGGCGACAUGAAUGGGGUGAAUGGGCCGAUGGGGAGUGGCGCCGCGGACCACCCUGGCUUCACUCCCGAAGACAAGAGGCUGGUGUAUGGGCUUGACACCCACCACCCCGACUAUAGCCUGGUGGGCCACUCUGAGGGCGAGAAGCGGGCCCGCGAGGCGCAGGAACGCGCCCGAAUGCGGCAGACGGACGGCGACGUGCCGUGGCUCUUUGCAGUAAGGAACACGACACAGACAGACAGACAAAUAGAGAGAAUCGUCCGUCGAGAGGGAAUGUGUGCGAGUGUGUGUGUGUGCUGAUAGGAUUUCGGCGGCACUCUAGUGUUGGAUGACGAGGCGCGUGCGUGCGGUGCUGAGGGCGAGUUCGCCGACAUAUUCGACAUAGUCGACGAAGAGUACUGGACGGAGCGAUACAACGCGGUGAGUGAGUUGAGGGAGACAAGGACAAGGAGCGACUUGACUUGAGAGGUAGUCAGUCAACUGUGCUGUUCUGUGUGCGGAUGGAUGGAUGGCUCUAUUCCCUCCCUGCCGCCCUCGCCCGUCACGUCCCCUGCCUGCAUCCAUCCACAGGACCCCGAGUACUGGAACAGUCGGGGCAUGUUCAUCGACGACAAGGACACCUGGAUAAACCCCAUGGCCGAUCAUCGGGGCGUCCAAGGUAGGUGGCCUUGCCGGCCUUGCGCACCAUAUCAUGUCUGUAUGUCUGUCUGUCUGCGUGGUGUGGCUGCAGGUGUGUGUGACGGGCGGCCCAAGUUGGAGGAGGCCAACAUCGGGGUGCCCGACGAGACGCACGCCGCCACCGCCGCCAACCUCAUCCUCGGCGACUGGCUGCAGAGCGCCAAACAAGACGCCAUGAUGCAGGUACGUGUGUAUGCAGCGCAGCCAGACACACCACACGGCCAACGCACACAGUAAGUACAUGUGCUGCUGUCGGUGUGUCGUUCCUCUCCAUUCAGAAGAAGGAAGAGCCGGUCAGUGGCCGCCCACACACAUCAUUGGGCAAAUGAGCACCCGCUGAACGAGCAUCGCCCCGCAUCUCAUGUGUGUGUAUGUGUGUGUUGCAAUGAAUGCAGAGGCGGCGUGUGGUCAACAAGGAGGAUUUGGAUGAGGGCGUCAAGACCCUGGUCACCGAACAGUUCGGCCGCUUUGUCGAGGCCCUCGAGAAGGGAGACAAAUGUAAGUAACUAACCACAUCUACACACACAUGAACAAAGCCAGACAAAGAGACCUGCACACACUUCAGUCAGUCGGUCCAUCGGUUGGUUCGGUUCGUUUAAACAGGGGUUGGGUGGGAGGAGGGCGGCGAGUACGCCCAUCUGGCCGCCCAGUACCCCAACGACCUCACCGGACGACUCAAGCUCAUGUACGAAAACAUCGGUACGUAUCUACGUGUGGAGUGGACGGGACGAGUGAGUGCACCACACACCUCACCCGCCCUCGAUCAUUGAAUCAACCAUAGAUAGCCACGGCCUGUCAGUCUCCACCGUGUGUGUGCCUGUCCUUGUUGUCUCUCUCUGUGUGUCUGUGUGUUUGUUCAGAGCAGCUAGCAUUCGGCAACAGGCUGGUGGACAUCGUGCCCAGUGAGGCGUGGGGCAAGUGGCACGACUGGAGGAGGCAGCACAACGUUGUCAAACGACACAACAAGGCCGCCCCCGGUGCGUUGCGUUGAGUGCAGUCAGGCCGAGCUCCGCUCUCACUUACUCACCACACCAACCAGAGCACGACAGACAAGAGAGCAGCUGUAUGUGUGUGUGUUGAUUCUUGUGUUGUGGCGUCCCUGUUCGCUGCCUGCAGGUUCCGCUCCCAACGAGUAUCCCUCACUGGGGUUGGGUGCCGCGCCCAGCAAGCCAAAGCCAUGAUUAAUGACAAGGGAGAUGGAUGGAUGGAUGGAUGCGAGCGGUCGUUUGUGCUUCGACGCGACCGGCGUGUUUGGGUGUGUGAGAAGCGACUGGCUGGGGCAAUAUAUAUGUGCUGUCAGACUCUCCUGUUUCAUCUUCCAUGAAACACAGUACAGUUGCUGUGCUGCUGUAUUUCCUUCCGUGUGGUGUGAAGGUCUGUCUCGC